CAUAAAUACGUGGUGUGAGAGAGCUCUCAUCUAUGCUCUCAUCCAAACAAGAAAGAAGAGGAAGUGGGGAGAGAAGAUUGAAGAAGAAGAAGAAGAAGGGCAAUUAAUCAGCGGCCACAAGGUGCAACGUUUGUUCUCCAAAGCCCGGUAAUCUACGGCCCUUAUUAAACGAUCAAGAUCGGGACUGAGAUUCGUCUUCUUUGUUUAAAACCUAGAAGAAGGAGAAGACGAAGACGAAGAGCAAUCAGAUUCGAAAGCGUUUUUGGGUUUGCUUUGGCCAGAUUAUGAAGGAUUUUGAUAUUGUUAGGGGCUGGAGUCUCUUCGUUGUUGAUCGAUUCGAUUCGUUUUGACCGUGACGGCGAUUGUUGGAAAAUUGAAAGAACAGCCCGAUUUCGAGUAUUAGGGACUUGCUAUGUUCAAUUCAACAUUCUGAACCAAGGGAGUUUUUGCAGUCCUCCAAAACUGGUUAACACGAUCUGCCUCAAGGUGUGGUAGGUGGAAAAGUUAUCAGGAAUUUGUUUCCUUUGGUGGGUUUGAAGAAAAGUUUGUCACAUAUCCUAGCAAGAUCAAGGAAACUAAAUCAUUACUCAUUUUGUGCUUGCACUGGGGGUGUACCCACCACUCUGGUGCCUAGUAGAAAGCAAGUAACAGCAGCAUCUUGUAGAACCUGUGGCGGCAGGCAAACAGUUGAUGGGAUUUGGUCUCUCUGCUAAAGCAUGAUGAAUACAGUACGUGUAGAACUUACGGAAGCUAUUAGUACUGACUUGAAUUGGAAGGUUAUUAAGGGUUAUCGGAGUGCACCAAGGCGGUCAAGGAAACCGGUUGAUAGAAGCCAAAAAUUGGGUGCAGAGCUAGCAGAGAAAAGUGCUAGAAGUCCAUCAGAAACAACCGUUUCUGAAUCAGAGAAGCUUGGUGUGGCUGUACUUGGGAGACGGUUCGGUGACAAAAUUGAGCAUGUACCCAUUAAGAAAAGGAGAUUUAUGGUCCGGUCUCCAUCACCCCCGCCUCACCUAUCUUCUCCACACCUUGAAGACAACCAACCUCAACUGGAUGGGCGACGUGCUUCAGGUCAGAAGUCUUGUCCAAAAUCAAUUGUCAAAAAGCAUCCCACAAGGAGUGAUGCUUCUACGCUGACUAGGUUGUGUCAUAGUGUUGCUGAUAGUGGUGUUAAUGAGAACUUAAAUGAGGUGACAAAUCAAAAACCUGGUGGUGGGGAGGACUUCUCUGGUAUUGAGAUAUUGGCAGCUGCUGCCUGCAACAACAGCAUAAAUGAUGAUGUGAAUCCUGUUGAGGGUAAUUUAGUAGGUGAAGAUUUAUCACAGGAUGGAAAAGAUGCGUCAACUUCUGCAAGGCCCUCGGAGCAAACUUUUGUUUCAACUUCUUCAACAGAGAUGAGAACUGCUUCAGAAUUUUCAGAAGUAAGAGAUGCAUCAGUCUCUGCAAUCCUGGAAGAGAGUGUUGCAUCACUGGAAACAGUGCAUUCGUCCAUUAAAGAUAUACCACAAGAAGAUAAGAUAGAGAGCUCCAGUUUUGAGGCUAAUGGAGUCAGAAUUAAUCCUAGCGAAGGACACGACGAAGCAGUAGCAAGAUCCAUUUCCUCGAAAGAUGUUAGGUUGCACUGGGACCUAAAUGUUACUAUGGAUGCUUGGGACGAACCUUGUGAUAUGGUGAUUGGUGACCCUCAAACAACUGCAGUAGAUGAUAUCUCGAUGAAUAAUAAGCAGGGUUCAGAAGCUCUUGAGAUACUGGGGGUUGAAGAUGCUAAAAAUGACAUUGCAAGCACAGUGCAGCCCAUGGCCGACAAUGAUGAACAGGGAUUGAAAGCGUGCCCUGAAUUUGAGAUGAGUUAUGGUAAAUGCGUUCCUGCUGAUAAUGCUUUGGGACCUUCAAAAGAUACUGGAAUGGGUGCAAAGGCCUCCUCUCAGGAUGCCAGUGUGGAUGCAUGUGUUGAUCAUUCUCCUUGCGAUGACAUCACAGUCACAGGCCCUGUCUCUGAGGAAACCAAUAAAACACCCAUCUUUGCUGUUGAGCAUAUGACAGAAGAUACUGCUCCAGGUGUACAACUGGGUGUAACUGUCUGUUUGGAAAGUGUAAAGGUUGAAAACCCUGCUAUAGCUUGUGUGCCAGAGGGGGCUUCCUGUGAGAUUGAAAGCACUGUUCUAGAUGACGAUGGUAAGGGCUCUGGUGCAACAUCUAGCUUCCAUGAUGAUCCAAAAUCCCCUGAAGAGAUGAUGGGAGUAGAAAGCUGUCACUCACUCGCACCUGUGGUCCUUGAAGUCAAGCCUGUAGCUAAAACAGAGAAUAUGGCUGCUGACAUUUCCAAACUUGAUUGUGAUGAUAAAUCUGCAUCAGGUGCAUCUAUUGGAGAAGGCCUUUCUCUGGUGACUUUAAUUGCAAAAGAACCAGUUGAAGCUAUCUCUGAGACUCAUACUGUUGAUUCUCUACCAAAGGCUGCAGCUGGAUCCUCCUCUGGUGAGCAAUACCACUAUGGUGCAGGUACCACAUGUAGCUUGGGUAGAGUCACUACAGAAGAUCCUUCCAAUGACAACUAUGACUUGGAUGUUUGUCAAGAUGAUAAGGAUCACAUGGUUGGCAAGGAAAAAACUAUGGAACAUGAAGCCGGUUACGAAUCUCAGUAUGAAGAUGGGGAGUUGAGAGAAUCAGAUGUACCAUAUUGGGAGGAGAAUGAAUUUGAGGAUGAAGAAGCUGAAUGUGUUGACUAUGGUUCUGAUACAUGUGACAGUGAUGCUGCACAUGACUCUAUAUCAGGGAAAGUUGGAAUGGGACUUGAAUGCAGAGAAACAGAAGUAUUUGGGUCAGAGUCUAGGGAAAUUAACAGGAAUGCGAAGGUUGUGAGAGGUUUGAGUCCAGGAUCUGAUAAUAUGUGUGAAAAAAAUGAACAUUCUUUGAGACAAUGUUCCAUGGGUUCGAAGACAAAAACUUCUGGAUCUGAUCAAUUGCCUGGUGAUUCUGAAGCUUCUUCAAACAGAACUGCGGAAGCAACUGAGGGUUGCACAGGAAGGAGACAUGCUGCUAAUUGCUUCGAUGGCCUUGGUGGCAAGUAUUCUCCUGCUGAAGUGGUUGGAUCAGUGGCAUCCACCACUCUAAAUAGGAUGGGUCCUGUAUGUACAAGGAGGAGGUUGCACAACUUCGAUAUGUCUAUUCGCUCUGAAGAGGCUGGUUCUGAUCAGUCCAUGGGAAAGGAAAAAUCUGAUUCGCGUAUGCAUAGUAAAAACUCUGGAGGUGCACAUUUGGUUAAUCCUUCAGGGGGUUAUUGGGAUUCCAAACGCCGUGGAUCUCCCAGUUAUCAUGGUUCCUUUGGUUCUGGCCGCCCUAGACCAAAAAGUGUUGUUGAGAGCCAUGGUUUUGAAAUGGAUCCAGAUGAUACAUUUUCAGAAGCAGCAGGAGUUCACAACCGUGUUCGCAGGCAAGCUAUAAGUCUUUCCUCAAAUCGCCUGUAUCAGCCCCCGCUUAGAAGAAGAUCGCCAGCCGAGAGAAAUGACACACAUAAUAUGCAUAGGGGAGUGAUACCUAUGAGAGAUACAAGUCCCGAUAGGCGGAGGUUUAGAAGAUACCCACAAGGGGUUAGUAGAGGCAUCCGGGAGGAGUACCACAGGCCAAUGCCUGAUGAUCCCAACGAAUGUUCUUAUAAUGUGCCACGCCGAAUGGCCAGGAGAGAACAAAGCACUUCACCUCCUGGCAGAGGACCUAUAUAUUAUGGUAGACCCUACAAGAAGUUCCAGUCUAGAUGCAGAAGUCGUUCUCCUCUUUCAUGGGGUUUACCAAGAGAACGGAAUGAUGUUUCAAGACAUCGUGGCAGCAGGUCUCCUGAUUAUAGGCUGGAUUCUAAAAUGGAUAAGCCGAGAGUGCCCUUUCAGAAGCACAGUUUUGGAGCAAAGUACGAAGUAGGAGGGUUCAUGUCCCCACCAAAACGUCGGUUUUCUCCACAACAGAAUUCCAGAUGGUUUGAUGAUUCAAAUAGUGGUGUAGACCAUAAUUUCAGGGGUAGGAGAUUAGCUGGAAGGCGGUUCCAGCAGGGACAGAGGAUUGAUUCAGUGCGUUCGUCUCGGAGAUUAAGUUCAGAUGAUUACUUUGAACCCAUGAGUCGUCCUGCAAGAUUCUCUGAGUUGGCCAGUGGUGGUGGCAGGGAAUGUAGAUAUGAGGGCAGUGAUGAUGACAGAAGAAAACAUGAUGGAAGAUUUGAGAUCAUUCAUCGUGUGAGGCGUUAUGAUUCAGAUGGUGUUGUCCGUCAGUUCCGUUAUGAUGAAGAUGAUCGUUUUGCAUCUCGCAACACACAGAACUACGAUGACUGCGACAAUAGAGCUGCCGAUAGACGGCCUCGUGAUGCUUACGUAGGAGAGAUAGCUAAGAGAAGGGUAAAUUAAGGUUCCAAUGUUGACUAGGCAUUAAACUCCAGCCCCUGCUCCGACUCAAUUCAUUUAGACUGCAAGAUGCAUAAUUUGAGAGGAAAAUCUUCAUCACCUUUGCCUCUGCAGGCAUUUUCAUCAAAUCGAUGUUUUAGUUCUCUGGCAGAUAGGAGUUCUUCCCAAUUUUCACUUUUUCUUUUUCCUUCUUACUGUGAUAGUUAAGUCCAAAUAUUCGUAUUCUUCCCGGCGUCUGGCACUGCUUGUGGAAGCUACCCUUGCCAUUCUGAUUGCGGCUAGGCAAAAUUUUUUUUAGGAAGGGCCUAAUGUUGCUUUGUUCAUGUUGAAUUUUGUUUUUAUUUACCUUAGGUAAUUUUAAUGAUUAGUGAAGAAUGGCAAGCUUUUUAGUUUAAGGCCUUUCUUGAUUCCUUCUUAUAAUGUGUUUACUUAUGGUGUCAAGAGUCUCUUUUUUGGCUUUGGCACUUCUCUCAGCUUUUCAAAUAAUAAAUUUCCUUUGUUUU